GAAAUUUUAUAUCACAGGCCCGAAAUGGAUCAGCCCAAAUUCGUGAUCGAAGCAGCAGAGGCCGAGUCCAUGGCCAAAUCAUUGGGCCUCCCUUCCGUCCAACAUCUCCUCCCGCUCCUGGUACGCCCGGCCCAACGCCUAGCCAGACCCCCGAUCUCCAACUUCCCCGUCGCCGCCGUGGGACUCGGCUCCGACGGUCGCGUCUUCGUCGGCGUCAACCUCGAGUUCCCCGGCCUCCCUCUACACCACUCCGUCCACGCCGAGCAGUCCCUCGUCACCAACCUGUCCACCCACCGAUGCCCGAGCCUGAUCGCCUUCGCCGUCUCCGCCGCCCCCUGCGGCCACUGCCGCCAGUUCUUCCAAGAGCAACGGCACGCCUCUUCAAUCCAGGUACUCAUCGCCUCCGACUCCGGCGGCGAAUCCGAUUUCAAGCCCUUAUCUGAAUUCCUGCCCCACCACUUCGGCCCCGACGAUCUCCUCGACGACGAAACCCCCCUCCUUCUGGAGCCUCACAACAACGGCCUAACCCUAACUCCGACCGUCCCCGAUUCAAAUCCAGAAACGAAUCUCCGGUCCCCAACCAACGGAUUUCCCGACAAAUUCUCCUCCGAUUUGGAGGCCGCGGCCCUGGAGGCGGCGAACGAAUCGCACGCGCCGUACACGCAUUGUCCAUCAGGGGCGGCAUUGAUGGAUUGCGAAGGAAAACUGUACAAGGGGUCCUACGCGGAAUCGGCGGCGUACAAUCCGAGCCUGGGGCCGAUCCAGGCAGCGCUGGCGGCGUUCGUGGCCGGCGGAGGAGGCGGGUACGAGAGGAUCGCGGCGGCGGCGCUGGUGGAAACGAGGGAUGGGCAGAUCAAGCAAGAAGAGAGUGGUAAGAUGAUGUUGAAGGCGAUUUGUCCAAAGUGUGAACUCAAAGUGUUCCACGCCACUUCUUCUGGUUCCCCGAAAUCUGUCUAGAAAGAAGGAAGAAGAAGAAGAAGAUUCAUAAUCGAUUUCUUCCGCAUUCUGCAACUGCAAAUCCAGAAGAAGCAUCUUUCACAUUCAGAGUUAAAAUUAUUAAUCGCCAAAAAAGUAAUAAAAGAAGCCCACACGGCAGCGUAGCUGUUUGUUCUUUGCAACUUUUGUCCUAUUUUGUGAGUAAAUAAUUGCUCUCUAUGAUCAUCAUUGCUUCUAGGAAGCAACCUCUCCUACUACUACACCACAUUUGAUCACUUUUUUUUUCGCCAAAUUUUUUUUAACAAAUAAUCUCUGUUUUU